AUGUCCAGCAUACGGUUGAACAAAGUGUUUGGGCUGGCUCUGCUGGUCUCGGUCCAGUGUUUGACCCGCGAGCAGCUCUUUGAUUAUGGGACUCAAUUCGGAGACCAGAUUCUGGAUUCGGGACCGGAUUCGGUACACGAGCUCGAACUGGAGCAAACGCUGCACUUCUUCAAAGGGAAAUUCGAUAAAGUUUACGUCAGCACCAAUGGCUUCAUAUCUGUGGCUGAACCCAGCGCUGAGUCUGACUACCUGGGGAAGAUGCCGGCUAAGUUUGGCAUGAUCGCAGCAUUUCUAGGAGAUCUGGACACAGGCGACGGUGACGGUAAAGUCUUCUUCCGGCAGGAUAAAAGCCCUGAUGUGCUCCAGAAAGCUACAGAACACAUCAGACAAGCGUUUCCUUCAGAAGAUGAGAUUGAGCCCACUCACGUCAUCAUCGCAACCUGGGAGAAUGUGACGCCGCAAACUGAACGAGGAAGAGGAGAUGAGCUAGAGUUCACGCAAAGAAAUACUUUUCAGCUGGUUAUAGCCAACAUGGAGUUAAAGUCUUACGCUAUCCUGCUGUAUCCAGAGGAGGGGAUGCAGUUCGGCUCCACACUCAUAGCAGAUGAAGAUCAGCCUGUUCAGGUCGGCUUUAAUGAAGGUUUGGUCACCGGAUGGUUUGUGUGGUCAAAAACACAAGGAAAUUACUAUCGCAUCACAGAAGACAACGAGGAGGCCGUCGACGCUCUCGCUCUGGAGACCAACUCGGGUCAGCCUGGCAUUUGGGUUUACGAGAUCGGCAUGUCUCCGGGAUUCACCGACAUCAAACCCGGUCAGGUGAAAGAGGUCACAGAGGUCACGGAGGUCACGGUGAUUGACACACCUGCUCCUGAACCGUCCGUUUCCAUUACAACACACCACAAGCAUCUCCCAGUGGUGGACACUCCUGCUCCUGAACUGUGGACAUCCCAUUAUGAGGAUCAGCAGACGUCUGAAGCGCCGUAUGAAACGCUCACGUCCCGUCCUGAGGUGUUUUCUGAGUCAUCCACACCUGACGAGCUGCAGAACCAAUACCUGCAGCCGCUGCGCCCUCAGCCUGCAGCUCAGCAGCCGCAGAGGCCACAGGUGGUAAUCAUCGAUGAAGACGAGCUGGACGUCGAUGUGUUUUCUUAUAAUGACGAGUCGUGCUCCAGCAACAGUCACAAGUGCUCUGUGUUUGCCGACUGCAGAGAUUACAGCAGCGGCUUCUGCUGCCACUGCAAACCUGGUUACUACGGAAAUGGCAAGGACUGCGUCGCCGAGGGUAAACCUCAGCGCAUGAACGGGAAGCUGAACGGCCGGAUCUAUGUGGGUGAUUCUGCGUCUCCGGUGGAGUUUUCCAACAAUGAUCUGCACUCAUAUGUUGUGGCGAAUGAUGGCCGCGCGUACAUUGCCAUCAGCAGCGUCCCGGACAGUGUUGGUCCAUCCCUGCAGCCUCUGCCGGCUCUGGGGGAAACCAUCGGCUGGGCCUUCGCUCUCCAGCAGCCCGACUUCCACAACGGCUUCAGCCUCAUCGGAGGUGUGUUCAGUCGGCAGGCUGAAGUGGUCUUCCAGCCGGGGAACGAGCGUCUGACUAUCAGACAGCAGUUCAGUGGCAUCGAUGAACACGAUCACCUGCUGAUCAGCACAGAACUGGACGGAAGAAUCCCAGAGCUGCCCAGAGGAGCCACAGUGCAGAUCCAACCCUACAGCGAGAUCUACCAGUACUCCAACAACUUGAUCACGUCAUCGUCGCGGCGCGAGUACAGUGUUAGCCUGCCUGAUGGGAGCGUCCGCACGCUGGCGUAUCUGUGGACGCAGAGCAUCAAGUUUGAGAGCUGUCCAUAUGAGGAUGUCCUGAGCUCAGUGUCCCCCAGCCAGCAGCUCAGCGUGGAGCAGAUCUUCGUCAUGUACGACUCCAGCAACCAGCUGAUCCGCUUCGCCAUGAGCAACAAGAUCGGCUCCGUACACAGUGGAGUCCCGGAGCAGAAUCCGUGUUUUACCGGGAGACACGGCUGCGACACUAAUGCCGUCUGCCGGCCGGCGCAGGGGAAAGACUUCAGCUGUGAGUGCGCCGCUGGAUUCUCCGGAGACGGACGCUUGUGUUACGAUGUGGACGAGUGUUCAGAAAGCCCUCAUGUCUGCGGAGCGUUCGCUAUCUGCAGUAACCAGCCGGGGAGUUUCCGCUGUGAGUGUCUGGACGGGUUUCAGUUCGCCGCAGACGGACGGACAUGUGUUGAAACGGAGCGUCCUGUGGAUCACUGUCAGAGAGGAACACAUGACUGCGACGCUCCAGAAAGAGCCAGAUGCAGAUACACCGGCGCCUCGUCCUACAUCUGCGCAUGUCUGGCCGGCUUUACUGGAGAUGGACGAGUCUGUCACGAUAUAGACGAGUGCCAGCCGGGACGAUGCCACAGUGAUGCCGUCUGCUUCAACACUCAGGGCUCCUUCAGCUGCCAGUGUCGGCCCGGGUUUACUGGAGACGGCUUCAGCUGCACUCCUGGAGCCGCUGUUGAGCAGACGGCAUGUGAGCGGCAUAGAGAGUCCGCCCUCUCCUCCUCCUCUUCCUCCGGUGGGUUAUUCCUCUUCCGCCCACGGCCGCCCGUAGGUCAGUUUGUGCCCAGCUGUGAUCAAUACGGUGCGUAUGAGCCCACACAGUGCCACGCCAGUGUGGGUCAGUGCUGGUGCGUUGACUCGGCCGGACAUGAGAUUCCUGGAUCCAGAGCUGAAGCUGGAAGCAGACCGUUGUGUAUUGAUCAUAAUGUGGCUCCGCCUCUCAUUGGCCCCACCCCCCGCUCUGAUAUCAGCCCUCUGACUCCUGGAGCAAACCUGCUGUUCGCUCAGAGCGGGAGAAUCGACCACAUUCCUCUGGAGGGAAACCGCAUGAGCAAAGAACAGGCCAAAACCAUCCUGCACGUCCCUGAUAAGGUUGUGAUCGCGGUGGCGUUUGACUGUGUGGAUCAGAUGAUCUACUGGUCUGAUAUCACCCAACCGGCCAUCAGCAGAGUGGCGCUGCAGGGCGGACAGAGCAGCGUACUCAUUAGCAGAGAUCUGGGCAGUCCUGAAGGAAUCGCCAUCGAUCAUCUGUCCAGAAACAUGUACUGGACGGACUCAGUGCUGGACCGUAUCGAGGUUUCCCGUCUGGACGGCAGUAACAGACGUGUUCUGUUCGACAAUGACCUAAUAAACCCGCGGCCAAUCAUCGCAGAGCCUGUCUAUGGUCGUCUGUACUGGGCUGACUGGAACCGAGAUGGACCGAAGAUUGAGAGCUCCAGCAUGGACGGGACAGAGCGCACGGUUCUGGUGCAGGACGGCCUGAGUUUACCCAACGGCCUGAGUUACGACAGCCAGAGCCAGCUGCUGUGCUGGGCCGACGCUGGAACUCGUAAGGUGGAGUGUUUGGAUCUGUAUUCUCGUGUCAGAAGAAAACUGACCGAAGGGAUUCAUUAUCCGUUCGCCAUCGUGUCCUACGGCAGAAACCUCUACUACACCGACUGGAGAAGAGAAGCAGUGAUCGCUCUGGACCGUCAUGAUGGGAUGGAGGUGGAGGAAUUUCUUCCUCAGAGACGUUCACGUACAUACGGCAUCGCUAUCACUUACCCACAAUGCCCUGCAGGUGUAAACUACUGCUCUCGCGAUAACGGAGGCUGUUCUCAUUUAUGUCUACCGCGUCCUGGCGGAUUCUCCUGCCGGUGUCCUGAUGCCAGAGACGCUUCAUGUGUCGAAGAGGACCAAAACUUCUGAGAACCGAACAGCAGCUCCGUCCCGUCAGAAGGACACAAUCAGUACAGUGAGGGAGACUAGAGAUUCUUAUCUGCCAAUAGCAGUGUUUUGUAUUAUUGUAUUGUUACAUUAUUGUUUGUUGUGGUUACUAAGAGACGUAGAUCAAAUCAGGGAUUAGUGUUCCUUAAAAUCUUUCAAAAGUACUAAACUGUAUGGAAGCUUGUUUCAAUCACGGAAGAAAUAAUGUAAUUGUAAACUCUUAACUCUUUCCUACAUUUAUGGAUUUAUAUCUCACAAUGCUGACUUUUUUCGCAAUUACAAAUUUAUAUCUUUCAAUUAUGACGUUUUUUUU